GAUCCACCAGCCAUCCCCGGCGCUGCUGUCUCCAGCUCGUUCCCAGCUUGCAUUGUGAUUAAAUUUUGGCCACGUCCCUGGGCCACGUCGCUCUACACGCCAUAUUUCAACUAGCUAGCUAACUAAACAAGACCCUGGAAACGUAGUCCGUCAGAUUCACUGAACUGCAUUGCAAAGACAGGGCGGAAGGGUUUGUCUGCACUGAACAACCGCUUUUACAGGCGUCCUUGAUCGUCGCCACUCAGAAGACCGGCCCCUGCUUGCGUCCAUUACAGCCAUGAACAUUUUCAGGCUUACCGGGGAUCUCUCUCAUUUAGCAGCCAUUAUUAUUCUGCUGCUCAAAAUAUGGAAAUCGAGAUCUUGUGCAGGUAUCUCUGGGAAAAGCCAGAUUCUCUUUGCUUUAGUCUUUACUACCCGCUACCUGGACCUGAUCACCUCCUUCAUUUCCCUCUAUAACACUUUCAUGAAGGUCAUCUACAUCGGUUGCGCGUAUGCCACCGUCUACCUGAUCUACAUGAAGUUCAAAGCCACCUAUGAUGGCAACCAUGACACAUUCCGGGUGGAGUUCCUGGUGGUGCCUGUGGGUGGGCUGGCCUUCCUGGUCAACCAUGACUUCUCUCCACUGGAGAUCCUGUGGACAUUCUCCAUCUACCUGGAGGCGGUAUCCAUCCUGCCGCAGCUGUUUAUGAUCAGUAAGACGGGUGAGGCCGAGACCAUCACCACGCACUACCUGUUCUUCCUGGGUCUGUACCGCGCCCUCUACCUCAUCAACUGGAUCUGGCGCUUCUACUUUGAGGGUUUCUUCGACAUGAUCGCCAUCGUGGCCGGCGUGGUCCAGACCAUCCUCUACUGCGACUUCUUCUACCUUUACGUCACCAAAGUUCUAAAAGGAAAGAAGCUCAGCCUGCCUGCAUAAAAUGCCAAAGACCUGCAGCAGCGCCCUCGUAGCCUCUAGUGGCUACGCCCGUCGUCGUGGCAACCGAAUGAGCGCAAGAUGCCUGAGACGAGAGUGAAGAGAACACAGAUUUUUUUUUGCUUUUUUUUUCCUUCGUAUUUUAGAUUUUGGUACCUCCUAAUCGAGGUCUACAAAAACCAACGUCCCCAAAAACAAAAUGGGUGUCUCUGAGCCCCUGCGGCCUGAGAAUCUCGGUUUCACGCAUCUUGCCUUAUCGCCAUUUUUGUAUUUGCUGUUGAAAGGAGAAAAAAAAACAAAAAAAAACGUUUUCUAUAUGCAAGGUGUAAUAAUAUCUUAAACAUGUAUCUAGCUGAAUAGUCACUGACACAAUGUCAAUCACAAAAACCUUAGAAAAGGUCUUUCUGAUAACAUCUGCGAUCCCAAUGUUUUUAAAGUAAUAUUUUCAGAAUGCCCGAGAGAAGAGAAAGAAACAGAAUCUGGCAUUAGUUUCAGGCUGCUGAUUGGAUAGGUUGCUAAUGGUUGGCCCAGUUCACUUUGCUCUUGGGGAGUGAAUGGGCAGUAGUGCAGAGAACACUGUUUCUCACACUGGGAGUCAGGAAGAAGAUUGCAGCCCCUGUACAAAUAUUUUUGAUUAGAAAUUUUUACCCAGAGGUUGACACUGAGACUCUGCUCCCCUUGUUGUAAAGACAGGUGUCCCCCAAUUGAUGUUGCGGAAUUGAAACGCAGGGUUUUCUAUUAAUGCCUUAUAUCAAAUGGCUGAGUUCCAAUGCUGUACAUAGCUUUUUAUUUUCAGGAAGCCUACCAUCGAUCCACCAUUGAUCUGAUUCAAAGACCAUGUUGUACAUUUCACACAUCCUGAUUGGCUCCCGCCCAAUCUCCCUAAUUACAUGUGACCAAUUAUGUUACUCAGUUGUGGGAUUUGGCAUGAUUAGACCCAAUCGGAGUCUGUGAAAUAUCCCCAUACUGGUAUAAAUAAGCACACAUUCUACCAUCAACUGUUCUUACAAUACAAAUGCAGUAAUUUAUCAUUAAAUUAAAAGAAGAAAACAAGAAAAUGCCCAUAGAAUUGUACAUGAUGUGUGUGUAUUGAGUUUACACAUGGUAACUUUUUGUAAUCGUGUGUGACUUGGUUUUCUGUUGCUAGAAGAAUAGUUAUGUACACCGUUGUUUUUCCUCCCCGUUUUGUUGACCCUUCAGUCCAGUUCUUCCUGCAGAUUAUCGUAAAAAAAAAUUUUUUUUUGCAUGUUGCCCUGUGACUCCACCUCCAGUAAAGAUUUUAUGGGAA